AUGGCGAACCUCGUGGCGGGGGGCGUCAAGUCUCUGGGAGAGAUGAUCGCGGGGGACGAGUCCGCCACCGAGCAGGUCGCGCAGGCCUGGGGCUGCAUGGACACUCUGAACCCGUACAGUCGGCUCGAGAAGCCCACGCGCUUCGAAUCAGACCCGCCUGGUUGCUAUCGUCUCCGAGACAUGCCACUGAGAGACAUCGACAACGUGGUAAAAGUGAAGCACGUCGUGGAUUGGAUCAAGAUUGGAACGGAGUGCCAGGAGCUUCCCGACACAAGUGCUGUGGACAUGGUCGACAUCAUGCGCCGCGGCGACUACGCGUCCUUGCCGUCUCCGUUCAAGCCGAAGAAGGACACGGGAGAGCUGGCGUUCACAAUGCAGAUCUACGUUCUGCCCACCGACCCUGAUGGGGUGCAGUCUGUGCUGAAGUAUAUCAAGUUCGACGACAGUAUUCGCGUGGACUUGGUGAAAGAUGUGUUCAUCGUGGGCACGCCGCUGACGAUCCACUGGGGCCGCACUUCUGACACGAAGAAGGUUCGCAAGUUGUUCCACUUCAUGAUGGACCGCCUUGGGGGCGUGCAGUACCGAUACUUCGUGCAGCCGUCCGUGAAGAAGGCAGCUGAAGCGGGCACUUACGACAGGAUUGCUCGAACGGCUGGUUACGCCUUCAUUCGCGAUCAUGGACCACGGAGCAAUGCCCAGAACCAAUUCGUCGAGUGGACGGAUGAUCAGAUCCACCUCGAGAGCAGUCCGAUCUUCGGGUGGACGCCUGGGGAUGUCAAGGACCAGGCGGCUAAACGGACGCGCGGCGUAGAGCGCGUCCCCUUCGCGCUGGGCGCAGACCUGAUCGAGAGCUUGCGGAACUACGCCAACGGCACCGUGGGCGCGCGGACGUUGAUGUCGUGGUGCCACACUUUGAGGCAGUUCCAUCCGACGAUCCUGAACAACAUCAUUGCCCCCGCACUGCGCACUCACGAUGUACAUUCGAUCAUGUGGAUCGGGGAGACUCGCGUCGGGAAGUCGUCCGCUUCUAAGACGACCUGCUUCGCCAUCUCGGCUUGCCAGAUCGACAAGCACGGCCGCUCUGACCUGAAGCCGAGCGUCGUCACCUCCAAGAGGAUUGAUUUCUUUCGCCUCGAGCCAGGGAGCCUCUUCAAGCCCGCGAUUGCCGACGACACGGUGAUGUCGAAGUGGGGCACAGACGACGUCAAGGCGUUCCACGACCCGGCCGAAGAGGACGCCUUGCUCUGGGCUCGAUGGGGCGGCGCGCAGUUCAUGAUGAACCAGGCGCGGCAAUCCUGCGCGAACGCCUACGACAAGGAUUUUGAGGCCCGCGUCCAGCCCGUUCGGCCUGGAGCCGAGGCAAUCUCCUUUGACGAUUUCGUCCGCAUUAUCCAGGCGAACUUUCCCCGCGACGCGCGGGGGUCGUUCGAGAUGGCAGACGCGGAGGCGUACCUCGCGAGGAGCCACGUUGUCCUCCUGUCUUAUGAUCAUCAUGUCCUCCUAGGGUACAGUUCAGUGAAAGUGGGGAAAAAAUGGUUCGGGCGGUUCUAA